AGAAGGGAGCGGACUGGCGCCGGGUCGGUUGCGGCCCGUGCGGAGGCUGAGCCGGCCGCGGGAGCGACCGGAGGCAGAUGGAUCAACUCAAAACCAAAGAGACUGAGUAUCUAAGGCCAGAGCACACAGCUGAGGAGUGAUAGCGUCAGAAUUAACUCUGUUUCUGUUACUAUGGCAAUGACGGCAGGGACUACAGCCACCUUUCCUAUGAGCAACCAUACCCGGGAAAGAGUGACUGUGGCCAAGCUCACGCUGGAGAAUUUCUACAGCAACCUAAUUUUACAGCAUGAAGAGAGAGAAACCAGGCAGAAGAAAUUAGAAGUGGCUAUGGAAGAAGAAGGAUUAGCAGAUGAAGAGAAAAAGUUACGCCGAUCACAACAUGCUCGCAAGGAAACAGAGUUCUUACGGCUCAAGCGGACCAGACUUGGCUUGGAUGACUUUGAGUCUCUGAAAGUUAUAGGAAGAGGAGCAUUUGGAGAGGUGCGGCUGGUCCAGAAGAAAGAUACAGGCCAUAUCUAUGCAAUGAAGAUAUUGAGAAAAUCUGAUAUGCUUGAAAAAGAGCAGGUGGCCCAUAUCCGAGCAGAAAGAGAUAUUUUAGUAGAAGCAGAUGGUGCCUGGGUGGUGAAGAUGUUUUACAGUUUUCAAGAUAAGAGGAACCUUUAUCUAAUCAUGGAAUUUCUCCCUGGAGGUGACAUGAUGACAUUGCUAAUGAAGAAAGAUACUUUGACAGAAGAGGAAACACAGUUCUACAUUUCAGAGACUGUUCUGGCAAUAGAUGCGAUCCACCAGUUGGGUUUCAUCCAUCGGGAUAUUAAACCAGACAACCUUUUAUUGGAUGCCAAGGGUCAUGUAAAAUUAUCUGAUUUUGGUUUGUGCACGGGAUUAAAGAAGGCUCAUAGGACUGAAUUCUACAGAAAUCUUACACACAACCCACCAAGUGACUUCUCAUUCCAGAACAUGAACUCAAAGAGGAAAGCAGAAACAUGGAAGAAGAACAGGAGACAACUGGCAUAUUCCACAGUGGGGACACCAGAUUACAUUGCUCCAGAAGUGUUCAUGCAGACUGGGUACAACAAAUUGUGUGACUGGUGGUCUUUGGGAGUAAUUAUGUAUGAAAUGCUAAUAGGAUAUCCACCUUUCUGCUCUGAAACACCUCAAGAAACAUAUAGGAAAGUGAUGAACUGGAAAGAAACUCUGGUAUUUCCUCCAGAGGUGCCUAUAUCUGAAAAAGCCAAGGACUUAAUUCUUAGGUUUUGUAUUGAUUCUGAAAAUAGAAUUGGGAAUAGUGGAGUAGAAGAAAUAAAAAGUCAUCCUUUUUUUGAAGGUGUAGAUUGGGGGCACAUCAGGGAAAGGCCAGCAGCAAUCCCUAUAGAAAUCAAAAGCAUUGAUGAUACAUCAAAUUUUGAUGACUUUCCUGAAUCUGAUAUUUUACAACCAGUGCCAAACACCACAGAACCGGACUACAAAUCCAAAGACUGGGUUUUCCUCAAUUAUACCUAUAAGCGGUUUGAAGGGUUGACUCAGCGUGGCUCUAUCCCCACCUACAUGAAAGCUGGGAAAUUAUGAAUGAAGAUCCCAUUCGCUCACAACCAAGAGAACUCAGGUAGCUGCAUCACCAGGCUUGCUUGGCGUAGACAACAGUACACUGAAAUACUCCCGAAGAUGGUGGUGCUUCUGACUACAAGAGGAAAUUCUACAGGAUUAGGAUUUCUAAGACUACUACAGGAAUUGGUUGGCAGUGCCAGCUGGCUUUUUUUUUUUUUAAUAUUUUAUUAUUUUUGUUAACUUUAUUAUAUGAAGGUACUGGAAUAAAAGAAAUGUACAUCCCUUUCUAA